UAUUUUUAGACAUUCCCCCAUCCUCCAUUCCUUAACCACGGAAAGACCAGUAUCAGGCAGUAAUUUGCAAGGGUAGCCAACCUCGACUGCUAAGUUUGCUUUCCUUCGUCAUGUAUGAAGAAAAGCCUCAAAGAGCUAAAGCUGUUUUCUGAGGAGGAACACAUGUGAGGACCUUCGUCCCCUAGACACCCAGCAUCCUGGGGCACCUAAUCAACGCCCAACAAAAUGUUAGCCCUUCUCUCCUCAGGGAGAGCCACCCUGCCAACUGAGUCCGGAUGCCGCCUAUAUUGAUAUAAUGGAGGGAACCAAAGGCCAAAGUUCUUCACCCGAGCACCAAUUAAAAGCAAAAUUCUACCUAAGUCAUCCCACAUUUUCCCACAAAGGGAGGGAACACAACCAGUGGAACAGAAAAUGUUUUACUCUGGGGAUCCAGAAGGAUUGAAUUUUUUAGAAGCUAACAGAUAUCCACAAAGACGCAUACAGGAGGAGGUGGAGGAGCAGCUAGUGGGCAGCUGGCGCCCCCCUCUGCACAAGCCUCCGCCCCAGGGGCUAGCCCUGAGCACAACACCGGCUCGUCAUGAUUGCCACCGGCGGCCUGCUGAGGAUUUCUGCCAGAAAGCAGGAUCCCCUCCGUCCCCAGAGCCAGGUCCCCAAGCGCAAGAGGAAAGCCAAGAACAGGCGCAAGAACGACGUGGUAGUGGUGAAAGGCAAGCUGAAGUUGUGCUCUAUCUCCGGGCUCAUCGCCCUCUGUGGGAUCCUCGUGCUGCUGGUGGGCAUAGCCAUGGCGGUGAUGGGCUACUGGCCUAAGGCCCACGGGGCCAAUAGGGAGGGAAAUAAGCAGCUGCCACCCGCGGGCAGCGGCCUCCGCGUCCUGACCACCGCCAAUAGUAGCAGCAGUGGCAGCAAAAACCGGGCCAGGGGCCACCCUGGGAUUACGGGGGGUGUCAACUCUGGUUCCGCGGGUGCGCCCAGGAGCACGCCUCCAGCGCGAUCCUCCGCCCCUUCUGCGUCCUCCUCCACGUCGGUGGGUUUCUUCUAUCGCAUCUUCUCUGGCUACUUGCACUCUGAUAAGCUCAAAGUCUUCGGGCCCCUCAUCAUGGGUAUCGGCAUCUUCCUCUUCAUCUGCGCCAACGCGGUGCUCCACGAGAACCGAGACAAGAAGACCAAGAUCAUCAACUUGCGGGAUCUCUACUCUACGGUCAUCGACGUGCACAGCCUCCGUGCCAAAGACCUGGCAGCCGCCGCGGCUGCCACCGCCGCCGCCCCCUCCUCGUCCUCGGUCUCCGUCUCGGCUCCCCCCGGGGCCGCGCCACUCAACGGCUUCCUCAGCUACGUGCAGUCGCGGGGCCUGGAGCUGAAGCCAGGGAGCUGCGGCGGCGCCGGGGACGCCUUCGGGGCGACCGCGAUGCUGGCGAGGGGCUCGUGGUCCCACCCCGCAGCACUGGGAGGGGUCGGCAGCGGGGCCAGAGGCCCCGCGUCCCCGCCGGACCUGGCCUCGUCCCCGCGCUGCCCGCGGGAGCCGCCGAGCCUGGCGGAGGCCGUGUACAGCAUCUACCGCGAGCGCUCCGGCGUGGCCAGCGGUCGCCGGACCGCCGCGGCUGUGGCCGCCGCCGCCGCCAGCCGUAGCAGCAGCCCGGCGCCCUGCAGCCCACCCGAGAGCUGGGGGCGCCAGAGCACCACCAGCUCCCUCGUGGGCUCCUCACUGAGCGCCUUCGCUCUGCUACCGUUGCAAAGGGACCGCAACGCGGAUGGAGACGCAGAGGGCGCGAGCUGCAGCUGGCAGAGGCCUCCUGGGGAACGCGGCUCACGGGAGAUCCCGCGGGGCGAUCUCCACCUGAGCUUGACCGACCUGCGCGGUGACCAGGACGGUGCGCACUGGGCGAGGGGAGAGCUGGAGGAGCACGACGGCGCGGCGGCGGCGGCGCUCACCGCCAGGGGGCAGGGCGGCCGCCUACCCAGGACCGGCAGAUACGCGGCCCUGCGGCGCCGCAGCACAAGCGGGCUCCCGGACUACCGGGCGCCGCUGUCCCCCGAGCCCCAGCCUUUCACUCGCAGCGCGGACAUGGACUCGAACCUUCUGGCCAAAGCUGCCUCUCCCUCACCCCAUCAGCGGCAGAAGGACUCGUCCCCUGCCAGGCUGGACUCGCCAAGCUCCCAGUCCGAUGACCCAUCCUGCAGCAAUAAGGGCUACACCCCCCUACGGGAGGAAGGCACCUCCUUGGAGUCUGUUGUGGACGCAAUAGCCAGUAAAAGUCAAGACUGUGAGGUUGCCACCCCCCUGACUGCAGAGGAGCAGAGUCCCCUAGAAGAUCCCAGCCAAGAGCUACCCAUGGCCCUGCCACCUCAGCCGUUGCAGAGGCAAUUUACGAACAAGGAGAAACUUUUCAUGAUUUCCCGGUCUCAUGCCAUAGGGGUAGAGGAUGGAGAACUGGAAAGUACUGGCAUUUAGGGAAAAGGAGCAGAGGGUGGGGAGCGGGGAGUGAAGAGAGGAGUGAGAAAAUAGGAGAAAUGCCCACUUGAGUCAGUGAAUUUAACAGAUUCGUCUUUCCUUGUGGACUUAUCUGAGGAAAUCAUACAAUACCCAAAGAGCUGCAGAAUGUUAUCCUUGAAUUGUGUUGACAAAAUUCCUGUAUAUAGCUCCAAGCAAUUUUUUUACAAAAGGCAAACUAGUCUUUUAUGUCCGAUGGUGAUUGUAUGUUCCAUGAAAACCAAAUGUAUUAAAAGGUCAGCAAUCUAGUUCAUUAGAUAAAAUGCUCUUAAUUUUCUUAGGAUCAAAAUAAUAUAUUUUUGACAGUAACUGUGCACUUUACUCCAACUUUUUUUUGGAUCCCUAAUUUCCCUAACCCCUGUACUCUGACGCUGGUUUUGUCCAUAGCUGCUUGUGAAUGACAAGCUUUUUUUCUCCUAUGCUUUUGCAGAGCAUAGAAGGAGUUGUCUCAGUUCUCUCAGAACUGCUAUUACUAAGUGAAGUCAAAGUCAAAAAAGCAUGAGUAUGUCAGGAAAGAGCACUUUCCUUGCCUACCCCACUCUGCUCAUCCAACUGCUCAGAGGCCUCUUUAUUUUUUAAAAGGAUAUUUACAUUUUGCUACAUCUAGGUGGACUGUUACCUUCCUAAAUUCACUAUAUCAAGUACACGAUACUUUAUUGAGUAUUAUCACAACUGUAUUGAAAAUAGCAUUAAUAUUAAAAACCUUUUUUAAUAAAAGAAGUUUCCAAACAAACAGUUAAACAUAGUAUCGCCUCAUUUUGCCUUGGAACUAAUGCUUCUAAUACACCUUAAACAUUUAACAGUUCAGCUGGUAAAUCUAAAAUGUUUUGCUCUGACACAGCUACUAUGAUGGUAGUUAUUUUCCCCAACGUGCUCAGCGCCAUCAUCACUCAAUUUCCAGUAUAUUUUUAACUUUUUCAAUAUAGGGUAGUGUUAAUCAUUUGGGAGUUGCUUUUUCAAAUAGAAUGAAACAUUAAAUAAAUAGUAAUUUUCUGUAAUACUUCUAGUUUACCUCAAAGUGUUAAUUUACAGAGCACCAGGCUUAAUAUUCCCUUCUCAUCCUCUUGGAGUUGACUAUCUACUUUUUGAUUUUAGCUUCACAAUCUUGAAUCCAUGGCCCAAGGUGAUGUGUUAAUAAUUUGGUAGAUUGUUUACACUUGAUUUUAUUAAGUUAGUUAAUUUUCAAGAACCAUAGACAAAUAAUGUACCAUUCUGAUGCCCUCUUCCUUUGAGUGUGAGCUGAGAAUGUUGGGACUGGUAUCACCUUCUUUCGGCAUUUGGAUACAAGUUCUGCAGUUGCACACAGCCAAGGCUCUCAUUGCAGGAGGUUAAAACGCCAAUUUUAAAGGAAAAUCCAGUCAAAGAUGUGGUCAUAUUAGUCCCCAUGGGUGAAGCAGUUGGUCCAGCUCAAAGAGUGCAGAAUCAGGAGUGAGACUGGACCCCAGCUAUCAUCAUUUGCUAGCUGUGCAGCCUUGAACAAGUCACAAAUGCUGAGUCUCAGUCAUCCAAUCUAUAAAAUGGAAACAACUAGACAUACUUCAUAGAGCUAUGAGGUGGGGGACAAAAAGUUAUAUGUGCAGAGCCGAGAAGAGUACUUGGCUCAGAGUGUGUACUCAAUAAAUGGUGGUUAUUAUGAUUAGAAUCAUUAUAAUAUGUUGUCUUAAUUCAUGCUGUAGAAGAGUGGGCCUUCUCUCAAUUUGAGCUCAAGAAAGCCUUGGCUAAAAUCUGAAAUAUCUACUUAUUAUCCCCAUAACCUUAGGCAAAUCCCUCUGGCCCUCUGGUGGAUGAUAUAAUCUCUGUGAUUGCCUUCAGCUCUGAAAGCUUUAUCUAAAUUCAGGGUAUUUGUUUUGUCCCGGAUAUAAAUAUAACAUUUGUACAUACAACUUUGCAAAGUGAAUAUACUUCAUAAACUACCAUUGAGUUUAACAUUCUGUAAUCAAUUUAAAAAGGACCUACUUUGUUCCCAGAUUGGAUCUGCAUUAAGCUAAUAACUCACUGUAAAACUGUGGAUUAAUUAAUUUGGCUCUUCUGUAUAGCAAAAGCGAGUUUCCACUAGUAAGAGUGAAAAGCUAGUGUAAUUGUAUUUCCAAGUAGUGUUAAAUUUCAAGAAUCUCAAUUGUUUUAUCACACACACACAAAAACACCCACACACACAAAUUCACAUUUGCUUAGGCUUUCUUUAGUACUUUGCAUACUGGAUAAUUUGUAUACUAUAUGAUGAGUUGUUUAAAUUACUGGGUAAUUUAUAUAUUGCGUUGAAGAGUUGUUUAAAAGGAAAAACAGGUUCUAGUGUUCUAAAAUGCUGACUCAAGUCCUCAGAAAAUGCAUUAAAAUAUUUAGCAAAAAUAAAGCUACCACCUCUUUAAUUAAAGAGGAGUAGGCAGAAUAAUAUAUAUCCCUUAGAAAUGUGAGGAAAUCCAGUCCAACCAAUUGCCUAGACCUAAUGAUACCAAUUGCCUGGUUAAUUGAAUCACAUUAAAUAAAACUUUUAGCUCAUAUUGAUCAUAUUGGACACAGGCCCUCUGAAAUUAGGUAACUUCAGCAAAGUAAUUUAGUUCAAUAUCAACUCAUAUCUAUCUUAACCAUCAAGCAAUUUAACUGGAUGUUUUUGUUCCUGAAGAUAAAAAAAAGGAUCAUUUUCCAAAUCUUGGGAAACUGGGCCCUCAUCAGAUCUCAGAAGGAAUCCUCUGCAACUAUAACCAGAGCAAUUCAUGAUCUUCACUUUCUUAGGAGAAAAGGUCUUCUGCAAUAAUAAUGCUAAAUUUUUUCUUGCUACUUACUGUGGGCUGAGGUCUGUUCUACAUGUUUUAUACAUAUUAUCUCAAUUACUCCUCACAGAAACUCUAUAGAAAUAGGAUUAUUAUCAUCCCCAUUCUACAGAGAAAGACACUGAGGUCAGAAUGAUGGAGUACUUGCCCAGGUCAUAUAGCUGAUGAAUGGUGGAGCAAGGAAUUACACAGUGUUAAGGAUUAUCUGAACCUAUUGGCAGAUGCUGAGCUGAAGUUGGUGUUUCUGGAAAUCAUCAAAAUAUUUUCUACAUUUUUAGCUUCCUGCUAGAUCCUUUUCCAGAAACCAUUCUUAGAGAUAAGCAGAAAAGUGUUAGAACACACAGCUAGCUUAACAGCCAGAGUUUGCAUUUAAGUCUUCAAACUGGCAUAAACAAGGUUUUUAUCUAUGCGACUUCGCAGGGUUUGUUGUACCAAAUCAAUAGGACUAUUUGAAGGGAUCUUAGAGAUCAUGGAAUCCUUUCCCAUUACUCAUUAUUUAUAAAUGAGAUUGCUAAAAAUUAGAAAGAUUAAUUGGCAAAGAGCAAUGGCAGGACUGAAAUGUUAAAAGAAUUGCAAUAACUAGCAUAUGCAAUGCCCCUUCCCCCAAUUUCUAUCAUACCAGCUGGGUGACCACAGGAAACCUACUCAACCUCUCUGUGUCUCAAUUUCCUUUCCCAUAAAAUGGAAAUAAUAACGUACCUUCCUCACAGCACUGGAGCAAAAAUUAAAUGAAAUAAUACCUGUGUAGAAAGCUUACAACAGGCUUGACACAUAGAGUGUUAUAAAACAUUUUUUAGUUUUAUUUAAAAUGGAAUCAAUUGCUAAACAGUCAUUAUGACUGACCUUCCUUUUUAUUAGCAGAAUAAUGUUAUGUUGAAAAUCUAAAGUGCAAGGCAACAUAGCAUGGUGGCUUGAAGUGUUACUUACACACCAUUGUACCUGCAUUUCCACAUCUGUUAAAUGGAGAUAAUAAAUAGCACCUGGCUUGUGGAAUUAAUUAUUUAAAUGAGAACCGAAUAAACUAAUAUACUUAAAGAACUUAAAACAAUUGGCACAAAUAAACCUUCAGUGAAUGUUAACUACUAUUAUUAAGACAAAAUACAGAAAAAUAAUG